CAUGCAAGCUGCGUGGCAUUAGGCUGUAGCCUGUACAAUUGUACCGCAGUCUCUAGGCACGCCAUUGGCAUAGUCAUUUCAUAGGAUUUCCAUACGAGUCUUAUGCACCAGAUAACGUUCAUAUUUUUUCCCUUUUUAUUGUUCUCGGUCCUCCGAUGAUUUAGCAGGAUAUACUUUAUCCCAUGAAUAUCUGCCCGUAUAUUUUGCUGUUCUGGGUGUCCUCCAGGUUUUUGCUAAUUAAGCAGUUGACAACUGAAAUUUGAAACUGAAUUGCAAAAUUAAUAUUACUGUAAUGCCUGUCCCGCGGCGAUGAAACCCGAAGCUCACGCUUCUCGCCAACAUCCCGUUUCGCCCGACCCCGUUGGCAGGAUGUCCGUCCUCCCGUCCUCUGACACCCCCGCGCCCCCGGGCGGGCUCCCGAACGAUAGCGUCUUCACCUUCGAGACCCUGGUGGACCUCGCCGCCCGGAUUGAUCCCCUGGUCUGGCUGUCCUCCGUCAGCUACCACCGCCACAGUAUCCUCUUCUACCAGCUGCAUUGGGACGUGGAUGCCGUGCCCACCGUGGCCAAAUCGGUGACGCUGGCGUGGGGCGAUGAGGAGGCGGGGGAGAGUGGACUACCCAUCCCCCUGCUGUGUAUCGGGGAGAAAAGCUGGACCCCACGUGUGGACUGCUGAUCUUGGGGCAUCGGGAGGUGCGCGGGGAGGCCGAUGUGCGGAAGCUGUUGGAGCAUGUCAAUCAGUGCCCGGCGGAGGAGGUCGUGCAGGAGAUGGAUAAGGCGGAGAUGGGUAAUGGGCAGGUGCUGCACAACGGCACCGUCGGAGUUAUGUUAUAGCCUCCGCCGCCCUGCCAAUCAUCUCCGCCGAGCAGGCACGCGAUAUCCUCCUCCUCUCGCAGAGUCUGCCGCGCGUGGAGACCCUCUCGGACCCGGCUAGCAUGGCCACCCCGCUGCCUUCUCCCCCGUCCUGCGGCGGCAGGCCCCGGCCCGCUCCAUGGCGACGCUCAACGGCUACCAUCUGGACGACACGCCCACCGGCACGCCGCAGCCCACCUUCCUGGCAGCGGGCGCGUCCUUCUCCCGCAAGCGCAAGCCGGUGGAGUGCGACGUGUGCCACCAGAUCUACUCCACCAAGCACUCCAUGCUGCUGCACCGCCAAUCACAGCAUGAACAUCUGCGGCACACCUGCGAAUACUGCGACCGCUCCUUCUCCUAUAAAUAUGACCUUUACACGCACAUGACCAAAGCCCAUCCGGAAGUGGAAGGACUGGGCGCCAACUGUGAAGUGUGCGGCGUGUUGACGCACUUUGCCGUGUUGGAGGGCCAUCAGAAGAAGUGCGGCCGGAAGGUCGUCAAGCAGAACGGCGGUGGUUAAAUAGCGCAGUGCGCCUGCUGGACCGCUGGUGCAUUAUUCGAUGAUCUCUUGACCUUUCCUCCCGGGACCCCUUCUUUCUACAGACGUAUUUUCCUACACAGAUACAUACCCUGCUUUUUUUGUACUGUACAGCAUAUAGAACUAGUUUUGUGAUGUGAAACUGCGGCUGGUUUCUCUUAUAAAAAUUAACUUUUUAUGUUUGAAAGUUUUUGAGAAGUGUGGGAAUUUGUGUGUUUUGAUGCUUGAUGGAACAUAU